AUGGCAGAUAUCGAACUCCCCCCACCUUCUCGCCCAGAUUUCUCCUCACUACCAAUCGAGCUCAUACGAUUUGUGAUCCUUUAUAUGGACUUGUCCUCCAUCAAGUCCGCCCGUUUGACUUGCCGAUUUCUCUGCACCCUCAGUACACCCUACCUCAUCCUUCCCAAAUUCUACGGUUUCGCACAUCGUCCUGAUUUCAAUCGCAUCCUCCAACUUUGCCGUCACCCAACCUUUGCACCAUGCAUCCAAUCUAUCGAACUCAACCUUGGCGAGAUCAAUGAAUAUCACGCAAGGCACAAUACAUACUUCUUACAAUAUACUCGCCAUGCAGAAACUCGUGUCGAAGCGGCCGAAGAAGCUUGGCUUCGAUAUUCUAGCCUCAAACCCUUGAGAGAGGAAUAUACCCCCUGGAUGUGUGAUCCAGAUAUAUUGUCUGAAGUCUUUCGUUCCCUACCUAAUUUAUCUGCACUGUCCAUAUCUAUGACAACUUUUCCUCUACCUGAUGAACCGGAGCUUGCUUUACUAGCAUCAAUCUGGAAGAUUCCUUCUACGAGAUUGCUCCGCCGAGAGUUAACCAAGGAGCGUUUUACAAUCAUCCUCUUCUCACUGCUCCGUAACAUUGGAGAUCUGACAUUCAGAAGCCUGUCCCAUGAUUCCUUACCAUUUGAGUUUUUCGGGCAGAACAAGGCACUUUUCGGAUCUAUGACACCAAUUUUUCACAAUCUUACAGAUCUACGCUUAGUUUUAGAUUAUAACGAUAUGCCCAGUGAAUCAGACACUUUGCAAGCACUUGAGAAUCUUGCCGCAUGUAUCAGGGCUGCUACGAAUUUGCAAAAUUUGGAACUAUGCAUUCAGUCCAAGCGGAAGCUUGAUGUUACACCACUUCUUGAGCGCCUCCUACCAAUCUCUGAUGGAUCGAAAUCUCCUUUCCCCCUUCAAAGACUCCAUGUAGAAGGUGGGGCAUGUAAAUUCGCUCCUCUCCAAAGAUUUCUUAUAUCAUUGGUUCCUACUCUCCAAGUAUUAGAGAUUGGAGGGGAAGGACGUCAUUGGCCAAAUCAACUUUCCAAUGGAGGUAUACAUUUAUUGGAUGGGACAUUUCGAGAUUUGUUUAAAAAUGUGGAGGAAGCCCACGGAAAGUCAUUGACAAAAUUCGUUGUUAGAGGAGAUUUGGCUGAGGUGGAGGCUGGAGGGCUUUGGUUUCUCAAUAGGGAAGUUAGAUGGCGUGGGGUUAUUGAUUGA